AUGGGUUAUGCCAAAGCUGUAUCUAAUGAAGAUGAUUAUUUGGAAGAUGAAUAUAAUGAUUAUAGUGACUACGAAGAAGAAAAUCGAUCAAAACCUGAUUCAAAUGCAAUAUCCACAAAUGAAGCUGUUAUAGACGAUCCGCCACGAUUAAGGACUGAUUCUGAUUCUAUCACUAUUAGAGCAAAAACCGGUGAUGAUGUAACGUUACCAUGUGAUGUAUUAAAUGUGAAAAGUUCUAAUGUUAUACUCUGGUUUAAUACAACGCAAGUUAUUGCACAAAAUCGCCAUAUUUUAACACAAAGCCGAAUUGAAGCAGGUGCAGAUAAUGGCAUAAAAAUAAUUAAUGUAUCACCAUAUGAUAAUAAUGAAUAUAAAUGCCGCGUUUUACCAAACGAAAUUGAAUAUCGUGUUACGUUAAUUGUUGAGAAAAAGAAUUCUGUAGUAAUAUCGGUUAAUGAUCGUGAAGCAUCGAAAAAGCAAUUCACAUACCGACAAGGUGACAAUGUAACACUUGAAUGUAAAUAUAACGGAGAUGAAACUGGAGUAAAAAUUAAAUGGUCACUAAAUGGUGGCAAUAUACAUCAACAUGGAGCUCGAGUUGAACAUAAUCGUAUUGGUAUUAAUCAUGUUGAUGCCCGACAUGCUGGAACUUAUCAAUGUUUAGGUGAUAUACCUGGUAAAAAUAGUGAUUUACCAGUAACUUUUGUCGAUAUCAAUGUAUUAUAUAAACCAAAAACUUCAACACAUCGACAUCAUGUUAAUACAAAACUUGGUUAUCAUGCUGAUUUAUAUUGUGAUUUUCAUGCAAAUCCAAUCGCGUCAAUUGAAUGGAAGCAAAAUUCGAACGUAAUACCGAUUGUAUCAGAUAAAUAUAAAAUAAAAAACUCGGUCCACAAUCACAGAAAUCGAUCAGUUUUACAUAUAAGAAAUAUUAAUGAAAAAACCGAUCUAGGAGCAUAUUAUUGUGAAACCAAAAAUUCACUUGGAAGCGAUUAUGCAAAAGUUUAUGUCAUAUUAGAACCCGAAACUCCAAUUUACGAAAAACACGAAAUUCAAGGACGCUUAGUAAAUUUGUAUUGGUUAGCUAGAAGUACAACCCCAUUAAUGGAAGCCAUAUUAGAUUAUAAGUUAAACAAGACAACAGAUUGGAUGACAGAAGCAGCGCUUUCAACACGAAAACAUGAAGAUGGUCAAUCAAAUUGGAAAAUUCAUCAUAAAUUAGAAGUACCAAUCGGUGAGUGGGAAGCACGCGUACGAGUAAAAAAUCAGUAUGGAUGGUCAGAAUUUUCAAAACCAUUUAAUUUUAUUAUAACAGAAGACGCUCCUGUUGAAAUUGAAAUAACAACAGAAUUACCAGCACCUUUAGAUAUUGUUAAACCUACAGAUAAUGAAGAUGAAGUCUUAAAAGCUGGAUUUGGUAUUGAAAGUCCAUCAUCGCAACCUGAAGGUGAUGCAGCAUCACGUGUAACAUUAUCUAGUACUUUUAUGCCUUUAGUAAUUUUAGUUUCUUCAAUUUUAUCAAUUUAUCAUUUAGUGCCAUCAUCUCUUAGUAAUUUAUAAAUAUUAUAAACAAAAACUAUACACAAAUUCAUUGAAUUUUAAAAUAUAUUAAAAAGAACUUAUUAAAUUAAAUAAUUGAAUAUUAUCAAAUAAACAUUUAAUUUCUAAAAUUAUAUGUAUACAAAUAUGUGUAUAUGUACAUGUUUAUUGAGUAUACAUACAUAUGUACCUAUAUAAAUUAUAAAGAGAAAAUGAAAGAAAAUUAUGAUUAUACAGAAACCUAAUUGUAAGAAAUUGAAAAGAAACAUAUUUAAGAAAAAUAGUUAAAUAAAAUAUUAAAAAAAAUAUAGCUAUUGUUAAAAAACAAGUUCAUUAUAUAAAUAAAUUAAAAAUAAAUAUUAUCCUUUUAAUUUGUAAAUGAAAAUUAUUAAGCAUGAA